CUUCGCCUCGGUAGGUUAAAAAGGAACUCUUUCGCUCGACUAGUUCUCCCGCGUUCCGUCGCGCCGCCGGGUGAGGUCAAGCCGGAGUCCUCCUCCCAUGGAAGAAGACGGCGAGACGCUCGACAUCAUGUGCCAGGGCUGCGGCGGUGUCGGCUCGGCCGACGGCGGCGACGGCUUCUUCUACUGCGUCCACUGCGGCGACCGGGCCGACGACGUCGCCGACACCGGCGUCGCCGACGAGGACUUCGUCGACAAGGGCGGGGACGCCCGUGGCGCCCUCUACCUGGCCAGCCACCGCCGGCAGCGCCACCUCCCCGCCGUCAAGCCCGAGCCCCACCACUCCCAGCCCCAGCUCUGGUCCCAGCUAACCCAGACUCCCCGUCUCAAGACGCCGCGAAAGGAGGGAGACGUCGGUUACGAUGAAUUCGGGCCGACGGAGCCGCGGGACUUUGCGAAUUCGGGCCCGGCCGGGCCGAGGGCGCUCGGCUACGAGGAUUACUACAACGAGGUGAGGAUCAGGUACGUGAUGGGGCUCCAGACGAUGGUGCAGCUCCAGUGCGAGGCUCUCGUGAGGGAGUUCGGCGCGACGCCGCUGAUUUGUGGGAUUUCCGGGCCGAUUUGGCUGAGGUUCGUGGCGAGCACUCAGGUUUUCUCGGAUGAGUGGGCGGAUGAGACCUUUUACCAGUCGGAGAUGCAGGAAGUAGGAGAACCAAAAGAUUUUAGGCCUCGUGCUAAGUUCAGUGCAGAACCGCACAAUAUGCAUGGCAAGCGAGCAGUGACGGUAUGGUAUAGGACUUUGAGAAAAAAGAUACCAUUAUCUUGUUCUUUAGCUAUUUCUUUCCUGGCUUGUCAUGUUGCAAGGGAACCGAUCCUCCCUACUGACAUAAUCAAGUGGUCAGUUGAAGGGAAGCUUCCAUAUUUUGCUGCUUUCCAAGACAUUGAAAAGAACAUUGGUCCACCAUCAGCUGCUUGUCCUUUGAGUUCCAAUCUUAUGUUUAGGCCUUCUCAAACAGUUCCAUCACAGAAGUUAGAAGCUAUGGCAGCAUCCAUUGCUCUGUCCAUAGGUUUGGAUUUGCCGCCUGUGAACUUCUAUGCGAUUUGUUCACGCUAUCUCAAUCAGUUAUGCCUACCAGCAGAGAAGAUUUUUCCACAUGCAUGCCGAAUACAGGAAUGGUCAAUGCCGCCUGAUCUGUGGUUGUCAGCAAAUGAGUUGAGGCUUCCAACUCGUGUCUGCGUCAUGUCUAUACUCAUGGUAGCAAUAAGAAUUCUUUAUAACAUACAUGGUUUUGGUGAAUGGGAGAAGAGUUUGAUUAAUCACCAAGAUAUGUCUUCAACAUCAAGUGAUCAAAUUGGAUCUGAAAACACAGGGGGUUCCAGAAUGAGGGAAGAUGUUGAAAAUGGUUCUGGUUUUUUUUCUGGUGCUGGGGAUGAUUUAGAUACAAGAUUGGAAAAAGAAGCCUCAGAUGGCGAUCAAUCUGAGUUUGAUGCUAAGGAGCUUCUACGAAACCUCAAUGCUAGAUACAAUGACUUCAAUGACUCAUAUGAGUACUGCAAAGACUUGCCCACCUACCUCCAGUAUUGCAAAGAUAUUGUUUUUGCUGGUCUAGAACCGUCUUGUGAGGUCUACGAGGAAGGAGAAGUUAUGAAGCAGCUGUGGAAUUUUUAUCAGGAGAACAAGGAUGGCGAACAAACGGAAAGGCUGGGGCUUCACUUUGAUGGUGCCUUCAAUCAAAAGAGGCCUAGAGAUAAUGUUAAUGGAUGUUCAAAGAAUUCAUUUAUAGGCAACAAAAGGCUUAAUAGUGGAACUUCGAAUGCAAAUGAAAGCCUUUUGGACAGCCCAGAUGAUGAUGCUUCUUCGCAAAGUUCAUUAGCAGACGAUAACAUGAAACCUAGCAAUCACCCAUCUUCAGAAAGUUACCAAGACAGAGCCAUUAGACAGCUGAAAUUAGACAUGGAAGAGAAUAGGUUCUUCUACAUUCCACCGAGGGUAAAGAUCAAGAGACUUGAUUAUCUUCAUUAUGUUAGGAAGAGGGAUCAUGGUGCAUUAGCUUACGUUGCCCAUGCUGAUUAUUACAUAUUGCUUCAUGCUUGUGCUAGAGUAGCUCAGGUCGAGAUUAGAUGUAUGCAUAUGGGUGUAUUGAAUUUCGAGAGGAGAUUAGCCUGGAUGGAAAAUAGAGUAGAACACUGCCUGCAUUUAACCCUCCUAAGGUAUCUUGUGAGUUUUGUAGUGAUGGGACUCGAGAAGAUGAUGCAGACGAUGUGAUUAACCUUUCUAGUCUUAAUAUAUAAAAUUUUUAAAAUUUGCUGUC